CUACCCCAACUACCAGUAAACAAUCAACGUCACAGAAAAUACUAUAUAUUCACUUCACCUAUACGUACACAGCACCAUCUCUAUGUCAGAGAGAAGUCAAAAGCAAAGAAUUCCGGUACCACUACGGGUAUCCAAACAACCGUCGCCGUCGCGUCGCCGCCGGACUCCCGCGGUCAGUCGACGGUCGUCGAAGCGUUCGACUUCGAGGCCUGUCGGAAUCCUACGGCGAAGCAAAUCGGAGCCGAAUCUGUUGACCGUCGUCGGAAUCGUCGACGAAGGUUAUGUUCAAGGGAAUCUGACGGCUCCGGACGCCGUCCUUUUCCGUCCCCGGACUUGUACUGACAUCUUCUCCUCUUCCGAGUCGUUGCCCCUUCAGUCGCCUACAAAAUUCGAGGGUGCAGGGUACAGGAAGGAGGCCAAGGUUGUGGUUAACGUGACAGUUGAAGGAAGCCCUGGUCCGGUUCGGGCCUUGGUCAAUUUAGGAUCAAGCGUGGAGGAGACGAUCAGGAUUGUUGUAAACAAGUACAGUGAAGAGGGCCGGAGUCCACUGCUUGAUAAACAUGCUGCUGCUUCCACCUUUGAAUUACAUCAAUCUUACUUCAGCCUUCAAUGUUUGAGUAAAUCAGAGGUGAUUGGAGACGUGGGUAGCAGAAGUUUCUACCUUCGAAAGGGAAGUAGUACUGAUCAUAUUAGUUCAGAAGAAAUUGCUUCAGCUAGUACUACUACUCCAUCUCCACCACCACCUCUAUUCUUCCUCACAGCCAUUAUGCGUCGGUGUUUUAGUAAACUUAUAAGAAGAACGUGUAAACUUUGGAAGAUUUUGGGUUGCAUGCAUUGUAAUAAUGGGUGAAUGAAAACGACCCACCAUGCUUGUAACAAUUUAUUAUCGGAUUUAUUAUAAUUUAUUGGCCAGCGAGGGUGAGGCCCUUUCAUGCCCCGACGCUCUUGUAGUGGGUUGGUUGGCUGCGAUCCCCUCCGGCUUGUGUUUCCCCGUGGUAUCCUCGGCCACUCUUCUCCGCGGAGCGUAUCCCUCCUUGGAGGGAUCCUGCCAUCUGAGGGUUGGCUGGAAACUUGGGACCCGGCCUGAGGAAUUUAAGCAGCUGUUAGCGCGUUUUUCUUCCAGAUGACGUCCACUUUCCUGCUAUCCCGUGGAUUGGCGAGCGGGCUUUUACUGCUAUCGCAUGUAAUUAUUCAUUGCCCUAGAUUUAGCCGGGUAUUUUCAUUGCCCUUGAAUUGCACUGUUGCACUCUUUCUGGUUUGUGAUGCUAUGGUUCGAGUAGCUUUGCUGUGAGCUGAAACUUGCCUUUUCUUAUGAUUGUACUAAAAGGCACGGUGUAUUACCUAUGGUCAUCUGAAGUAAGAUGUAAAUAUCGAAUUUUGGCAUA